UGCUACAAUGUUCUUUAAGAUAUAAAAUUAUGGGAAUGGAAAUAAGAAACUUGGGACGAAUUACCGGUGGCGGUAAAGUGAAUAUGUUGGAAAAGGAACAACAGACAAUUUUUUAUCGGGACUUAGUGGCGUCGAUUAAAGCUCACCUACAUUUAAGAGAGUUAAUCGACGAACUGGAAUCAUUUUUAUCAACGCUUUUUCUACUACAACUCGCUACCAGUGGCCUCUGUAUUUGCGGUUCAAUUUAUUGUUUGGCAUUCGAUGUUAGUGACAACACUGUGGAACGCAUAGUUCAUGUCUAUACGCUCUUUAACAGCAUUGCUGAGUUGUUUAUGAUAACUUAUUUGGGGAAUGAGAUUUGGUUGUCAAGUAGUCACCUUACUUACAGUCUGUUUGAAUCUGAAUGGAUUGGACAACCACAUUCGACCAUAAAAUGCAUAAUCAUUUUUGGUGAAUAUCUGAAGCUACCGCAUGAGAUGCUAAUCGGUAAAUUGUAUCCAUUGACUUUGGAAACAUUCACUAGGAUUUUGAAUUCGUCGUACAGCCUGUUCAACAUUUUGAAAAACACUAAACAGUAGAAAUGGGGGCUCUGGUUGAGCAUUUCCUUUCACAAAACAGCUCACGAUGGUCAGCAAUAACAGAAAUAGUAGGAGAAUGCACGCACAUUGCAC